AUGGCGCAGCCAACCGCCGCGCUCGAGCCAAACGGCGUGUCAACGCCCGGCAGCGACUCCAACGACCACCUCGCCGUUCCUGGCAAGCGAAAACGCGACGUGUCUGACGACGGCGUCGACGUCAAGGGCGACCCCGUCGACCAGAAGCCUGAUGCAUCGCACCCGUGGGCUGCCGGCAGCCGAAAGGACCUUAUAGAAUCGUACUAUGCGGUAUUGAAGAGCCUCGAUGUCGGGCCAUCCAUCCUCAAGCGCCCGCUGUCCGAUCCCCUGUCCGAAGAUGAGCCCGAGGCGAAGCGACAAAAGUCGGCCGAGCCCCCGGCGCCGUCGACCAUCUCGGACAAAGUCGCGGCCGCCAAGUACGCGCACAUCGACGACAUGGCGAGCGACGUGCUUGAGGCCGUCAAGUUGGCAUUGUCGGAGCUCGAAUCCGGGUCCCCCGUCGGCUCCGCAAAGGCCGCAUCAGAAAAGGCCGCGUCCCAGAUCCGCGGCUUCAAGAACAAGGCCUUGGAACUUCUGAACCGCGAGAGGGCGUAUCCGAAGACGGCGGCGGGGCCCGGUCCCGGCGGCGACGACGACGCACAAGCCGCGUCCGACAGGGGCGGCGCCGUGCUCUCCGUCAUGGGCUACGCGCCCCAGGAGCGGCGGCUGUUUUCGAGUCUGCCGCUGUCGCGCGACGUCGACCUGUCCAGCUUCAGCCUCCCGCCCGGCGUCACCUUGUCACACGUCAUGCCCUCCAGCCCCCAGAGCAGGACGCAAACGAUCGGCGAGCUGUUUGCGCCUCCACGGCCGUUGCCGCCGCUGCAGCCGCCGAAGCAACCCAAGACGCAAGCCAAGGGCAACAUGCUCGAUUUUUACCACCCAGAGCUGACGGACACGUCUACGUACCGGACAAACUGCUACUACACGACGAAGCUCACUGCCGGCUACUAUCUCGACUACAGCAACGCCACUCCGUCGUCUCAGACGAAGACGAAGCAGCGAGAGCGCGCGCAGAGCCUGGCCGGUAAGAAGCCGUCUGCGUCGGAGCUCGAGGUGUCGGAGAUGGAAGCCCUGUUCCGCGGCGCCUUCUCGAGCUUCGCGCCCUGCAAAGAUGACAGCGCGGCGGUGGUGCCGUCGAGCCUCGCCGGCCGGAUGUGGUGGCAAAAGGUUGGGCAGCGCAAUUUCCAGCGCAUGGUCGAGGUGGAGUACUACGGCGACGAGGAGGACGCGCGGGACGGGGAGCUGCCCGAGCUGGACGAAACCGCGGUGCAGGAGGCAAUCGACGAGUGGGAUGACUCGGUCGUCGACCCGUCGCUCGACGAUGUCAUGGGUGCCAAGAAGGACGACCACGAAAAGGAGGUGGACGAUGUGCUCGACGAAGUCAGCGACCUGAUCGAGACGCUGGCCUCGUACCAGCGGAUUCGCAACCUCACGCUGCCAAACUCGCAGAACCGCCAGUCCAGCGACCCCGUCACGGGCGACAUGCUGGCCACGGCCGGUCCGCAGCCGUCGGAGGAGGAGCAGGUGACGUACCAGGCGCUCAAGGCGCAGCUCGCGCUCAUCAUCAAGACGCUGCCGCCGUACGCAGUGGCCAAGCUCAACGGCGACCAGCUCGACGACCUCCUCAUCAGCACAAAGGUCCAGGUGCAGACGGACCAGUACCACGGCGUCAUGGAGGAGGACGAGGCCGGAAUGCAGGCGCGCAUGCGGGCGCAGCAGCAGGCCCAACAGCAGGCGCAGCAGCAAGCACAAGCUCAGCAGCAGCAUCAGCAAGCGGCGCAGGUCAACGCCCGGCCGCCCGGCCAACGGACGCCGAGCAUCUCGACGCCCUACGGCCAGCAGUACCACCAGGGACCGAACCAGUACGGCACGCCGACGCGGCCGCCGGUGCACCCGCAGCAGUACUACCGCCCGGGGCCGGCGCCGCCCAACUUCCAGCAGCCACGCAACAUCGCGCCUCCUCCGUCUGCCCAUCAGCCCCGGCCGCCGCAGCCGAAUCAGUACAGCCGGCCGAACGGGUUCCCCAAUCAGUAUGCGACGCAGCUCGCGAAGGCACAGACGCCGUACGGCCACCAGAACAUGCCGCAGUAUGCGAACCAGCCGCGGCCGCAGUACGCGCAGAUGCAGAUGCAGCCGCAACCCCCGCACCCGCAGCACCCGCAGCAAGGCACGCCGAACGCGCGGUUCCCUGGGUAUCCUCAGGGCUACCCGCACCAGCCUGGGACGCCAGGACAGCCUGGCUACGGAGCAUACACGAACGGUGGGGCCAUGCCGCCGCGGACCAUGUCGCCGCAGGUUCCGCCGCACCAGCAGCGUCCGCAGUUCAGCCCGUCGCCGACCAUGCAGCAGCAGCAGCAACAGCGGUACGGAACGCCCGUCCAAGGACAGACGCCGAUGAACAGGUACCCGAGCAACAGUGCCGGACAACCCAUGGGGCAGCAGCCGAUCCAGCAGCCCGGGCUGACGGGCUACCACACGGUGAUUCCGGAGGCGCAGCAGCAGCGGAUACUGGACCAGGCCAAGGCGCGGGUGGCGGCGCAGGAGCGGUCCGCCAUGUUUACGGACAAGAUGGUGCAGCCGGGCACCCCGGGCAUGGGAUACGGCAGCCCGGGGAUGAUGGCGGCGCGGCCGAACCAGCAGCAGAAGCCGCAGACGCCGCUGGGCCAACGCGGACCCAACGGGACGCCGGCGUCGGCGUUUGUGCCGCCGCAAAAGGUGACGCCCGUGCCCGUGCCCGUGAUUCCCGGCGCGCAACCUCAACAGCAGGCGCAGCCGCAACCGCAAUCGCAACCGCAACCGCAGCCACAGCAACCGCAACAGCAACAGCAGCAGCCAGCGCCGCAGCAACAGUCGCCGCAGCCAGCGCCUGAAUCGUGA